GAUUGAUGCGAUAAUUGAUUUUUUUUUCUUCUUCUUUUUGCUUGGUAACAAUGUCAUAUAAAUACUGUCGGUGGUUGUAGUUGUUUUUGUUGUUUUUUUUCUCCUCGAAGAUCAUUGAAUGAUAAUUUUUUGAAUGAAAAAAAAAUUAUGGAAAAAAUUGAUGUUCAUGCACAUAUUUUACCGGAAAAACUUCCAUCAUUCAGAGAAAAAUUCGGAUAUUCUGGUUGGAUACGAUUAGAACAUCAAUUUGAUUCGAAUGGUUUGAAAUGUUCAAAACUUGUUUAUGAUGAUGAUAAAACAGCAAUGAGAAUUGUUGAUAAACGACUUUAUUGUAUUCAAACACGAUUGAAUGAAAUGAAAAAAAAUGGUGUUAAUAAACAGGUAAUUUCAACCGUACCAGUUACAUUUAAUUAUUGGGCAAAAAGUGAAGAUAAUGAAUUUGUUGCAAGAUAUUUGAAUGAUAAUAUUGCAAAUGUAAUAAGAAAAUGGCCAGAUAAAUUUAUUGGUCUUGGUACAGUACCAAUGCAAAAUAUUGAACUUGCAAUCAAAGAAUUAAUACGUUGUCGUACAGAACUUGGUAUGAAUGGUUUAAUUAUUGGUACACAUGUUAAUGAUCAAUCAUAUGAUGAUCCAAUAUUUGAACCAUUUUGGAAAGCAUCUGUUGAUUAUAAUAUGCCAUUAUUUAUUCAUCCAUGGGAUGUUAUUAAACCGAAUCGUUGGAAUAAAUUUUGGCUGCCAUAUAUUGUUGGUAUGACAGCUGAAACAACUGCUACUGCAUUACAAUUAGCAUUUAGUGGUGUUUUUGAACGUCAUCCAAAAUUGAAAAUUAUACUUGCACAUUGUGGUGGUACAUUACCAUAUAUUAAUCAACGUGCAAAUCAUGCAUAUAAUGUUUAUCCUGAAGAUAUGUGCAAAGAUUUUCAAUCACCAAAUCAAUAUCUUAAACAAAAUCCAAAUAUUUGUGCCGAUACAUUAGUUCAUGAUCCAAAUGCAUUAGAAUUAGCCAUAAAUUUUUUUGGUUCAGAUUCAUUAUUACUUGGAUCGGAUUAUCCAUUUAAACUUGGUGAAGACGAACCCGGUUCAUUGAUUGAUAAAUUAUCAGAUCGUUUCCCUAUGGAUUUAAAACAGAAAAUUUUUAAUAAAAAUGCCAAACGAAUAUUCAAUAUUGAUUGAAUUUGAUUUUUUUUUCAAAAAAAAAAAAUAUCGAUUGUAUCGAUUAAGUCAUUCAUCACUAAACAGAGUGAUUUAUUUUUCAAAACAAAAAAUUUUUUUAUUUUUUAUUUAUGAUGAUUAAAAUAAAAUGA